UCGGCCAGCUCGGAAUGAAUUCGGCGCAAAAUCAUUUCGAUUCAGCUUUCGGUUCCAUGGUAUCGCGCGAGAACAGAGGGCGCAUCCGCUUGUCAAGAGAAAAGCAGAAUCUUGCUUCACAGGGUCGCGUAUCACCUUCAACGAUGGCGGACCGAGGUUCGGUCUCCCAUGUGCUAAUCUUCCCCUUCCCUGGUCAGGGCCACAUAAACUGCAUGCUCAAUCUCGCCGAGCUACUCUCCCUCGACGGCGACCUCUGCGUGACCUUCCUCAACUCUGAGCAAAACGACCUGCGACUCCGUCGGUGCACCGACCUCCACACCCGCCUUAGCUCCCGUAAGAACUUACGAUUCCGUGCAAUCACCGACGGGCUCCCGGAUGAUCACCCGAGGUCGGCGGACGAGAUCCUGGAGAUACAUGCUUCGCUGAGGAAGACGACCAAGAACGUCUUCAGGCAGAUGCUAAAAGCUUCCCAGGAGGAGGGAGGGGAUAAUAUCGGGGAGAGGUGGCCACCUGUUUCAUUUCUGAUUGUUGAUGGGAUCAUCUCCUUUGCUGCGGAUGUCGCAGAGGAACUUGGAAUUCCAUGCAUCUCCUUCAGAACGAUUAGUGCAGCGAGUUUCUGGGCCUACUUCUGUAUACCUUGGCUUGCGGAAGGUGGAGAGAUUCCCUUCGGAGAAACAACAGACAUGGACCGCGUCACGAGAUGCAUUCCAGGAAUGGAGGGGGUGGUUCGUCUAAGAGAUCUACCCAGCUUCUGCCGGGUAAAUGACCUGAACGACGAGUGGCUUCGCCUCGUCCUGACCGAAACCCACCAGUCGGUGAAGGCAACAGGAAUCAUCCUCAACACGUUCUACGAUCUUGAGGCAGCUGUGCUCGAUCGGAUGUCCGCUCGUUUCCCCAAAAUCUACACCAUUGGCCCGCUCAACGCGUUCUUGAAGUGGCGGAGCCUGGACCGGCCGGCAACCUUGGGCUCGGCUAGCCUGUGGAAGGAAGACAAAGGGUGCAUGGAGUGGCUGGGGAAGAGGGAAAAGAGGUCGGUGGUGUACAUCAGCUUUGGCAGCUACACUCGGAUCACUGCGGAGGAAAUGGGGGAGUUCCUCCAUGGCCUGGUUGGUGCCGGGUUCCCUUUCCUAUGGGCGAUAAGGCCUGACCUGGUGAAGGGUGAAGUAGGUUCGGUUCCUGCCGCGCUCUUGGAGGCAGCUCAAGAGAAGGGGUGCCUGGUUGAGUGGGUUCCGCAGGAGGAGGUGCUCGCCCACCCAUCGGUGGGAGGCUUCUUGACGCACAGCGGGUGGAAUUCAACCCUUGAGAGCAUCUUCUACGGGGUGCCGAUGCUCUGCUGGCCCUUCUUUGCGGACCAGCAGAUCAACAGUAGGUUGGUGAGCCAUGUUUGGAAGGUGGGGUUGGACAUGAAGGACACCUGCUCGAGGGAGGUCAUUGAGAGGUUGGUGAAAGAGUUGAUGGGUGAGAAGGGUGAGCAAUUGAGGGGGAACGCGAUGCGGAUGAAGGAGCGUGCAUGGAGAAGCAUUGAAGAAGGGGGAUCCUCUUACACCAACUUUCAAAAAUUAGUGCAGGAUAUUAAGACACAAAAACUCAAAGGCGGCAUCAACAAAAACUGCCAGUGAACUAAUUGUUCUUGGCAAAAGGCUGAAUUGGGAGGAAGGGCCACCCUGAAUAUGCCAGCUGCUACUUUAAAGUUAAACUCAAUCGGCAGCUACGUACACUUGGCAUCUCUCUCUCUCGUUCUCUCGAGUCUCUUCUAGAAUGAGAUUCUAGCAGAGCAAGAGCAUGGUAUGUCGAUUGUAGGUUGACCCACCAAGACAGUGAAAGGCUUCCUAUCAUAAACCAGAAGUAUUGGGAGAAAAUUCCAAAGCAUAUAAUUUGUUAAAUGCUUAUUUAUUGAGCACCAUUUUACAUUUUGUUCUGAAUUUUUUCAAGUUUUAUCCAUAGGUUAACGAAAAAACUUGUUCCUUUUGGAAGAAGCGUCUAUACCACUAUUACUUUAACAAAAUUUCUACCACAAGUAAGCUCGCAGAAUGGAUUCAAUUCAGGUCGGCUUAUAAACUCAACCGGCAGCUACGUACA